AUGGAUAACCUAGCACGGCAGUAUCAAGCACGAGACAACGAGAUUGGGCCGAUGGAGCAUUCAAAGAGAAGGCUCUCGAUAUAUGCUGUCAAUUUCGCUUGGAGCCCCGCCUCGGUGAAUACCGCGCUCGUCAACCUCCUUCUGGCGUUCCUGGUCGAAAAGAAAGAGCAGUUCAAAUUCGCGGAAGCGUGGUUGGACUUCAUCGACAUUAUCCGGCAGGACAACGAGGGAGACGUCAGCGACGACACCAAGAACACCGAGUCUCUCGCACAGGAGUCUGUUAAAAAGCUUAAGAGCGAAGCCGAUGACGAAGCUCUAAGUACGGCGAUGGGAGAGACCUUAUCGCCCGAAGAAACCAAGAGGGCCGGGUGA